AUGUCUGGCUGCAGCGUCAGUGACUAUCCCGACUCCGGUGGAAAAGCUUCUCACGUGUGUACGCCGUGUCGAAAGCAGAAGAAAGCGUGUGAUAAGCUGUUUCCAAGUUGCUCUACGUGCUCGCGGCUGCGUCGAGAAUGUUCGUAUGAGACUGGGCCAGCACCCGAGGCGGCGUCCCUUGAGUCACUCUCUGCAAGGCUCGCCAGCCUGGAGGAUGAGAUGAGCGUGCAUCGAGCUAUGUGUGAACCACAAACUGUACUUCCGGGGGUCAGACCAGCUUCGUACUCUCCUCUAUCGCAAGGAACCGCAAUUGGCACAUCGUCAGCAGUUUUCUCGACUUUCUUUCUCGAUGUCAACGUCUUCCGGUCGCAGAAUUCGAUGGUCCCGAAACCACAAUUCAGCAUCAAAGACAAGCUUUUGGAUGAUAUCGGAGACGGGUUGGAAAUUCAAGCUAUCGCUGGGGCGUACUUCUUCUCGAUUGCUCCUUGGAUGUCCAUAAUUCAGAGGAAUCGCUUCUACGAGGAAACUCUUGCCGGCCAGAUUGAAUUGACAGCAGAUAUUGUCUUCCUCAUUUUAUGUAUGAAGUUGCUGAAUGAGACCGUGCAAUCAGGAGAAACGCCUCGAACAGAGCUUUGGAACCAUGCGAAGAAUCGCUUCUUGUUACUCGUAUCCAGUGGGUAUAUAUCAAUAAGGUCGCUUCAAGCAGGGGUCUUGCUAUGCUUGUAUGAAACUGGACAUGCAAUCUAUCCGGAAGCAUAUAUCUCCACUGGUCAUCUUGCGAGACUCGGUGAGGCUGUUGGGCUUCAUGACACAGCGGGGAUACCUCAACUGGCACUUGAACCAGCAACAUGGGACGAUAUGGAGGAAAGAAGAAGAGUAUGGUGGGCUCUAUGGAUCUUAGACAGGCAUAUGAACGUAGGGAAUCCGUCUAGGUCACUAGCAAUGGCUGAGAUCGGACGAAGAGAGUACCUUCCUGUGGAUGAUGUGUCAUUUGAACGAGGAGUGCAAUCAACAAGUGAGCCAUUAUUUGUAUCAUCGUCAACUGACAUCACUGCUGCACCACUGGCAAGGCUAUGCCAGUCAUCUCACUUAUUAAGCCUCGUCCUCAAGCACAUCAAUGAUAGAGAUUCCACCGCGAAUGAUCGUCUAGAAGAGGCCAAGCAACUGAGCCGCGCUAUUCAGGCUCUCUGUUCUUUCAUGGACAGUGAGAUCGACUCGGGAGCAACCCGAAUCUUUGUCCCUAAAGCAAUAUGUUUCAGUGCGCUCUUUGCUCUCUACGAGCAUUCGUCCAUCAUCAGGCAGAGUUCUUACGCCCUUACCGCCGAGCUUGAACUGAGCGAACUUUGA